CACGUUCAGUCAUCGCCAUGAUGAAGAUUGAUAUUCACAAUCAUAUUUUACCAAAGGAGUGGCCUGACUUGAAACAGAGAUAUGGAUAUGAUGGGUUUGUCCAGCUUCAUCAUCACUGCAAACCGGUUUUAGGGGGUGGAGUCAGCCCCUGGACUCCACCCACCUCUUCUGCACAACGUGCCUAUUUGUAACUGGUAUUGCAGCUUUGCACCUCCGAGGGUCAAGCUGAGAUGAUGAAGGAUGGGAAGCUGUUUCGUGUGAUAGAUGAAAAUUGCUGGGAUGCCGAUGCACGCAUACGGGACAUGGAUCAGCAUGGUGUCACAGUUCAAGCUCUCUCAACUGUUCCUGUGAUGUUCAGUUAUUGGGCCAAACCUCAUGACACACUGGAUCUCUGUGUCCUUCUAAAUGACAAUUUGGCCCAGACAGUACGCAGCCAUCCCAAGAGGUUUGUGGGCCUGGGCACGCUGCCCAUGCAGGCCCCUGACUUGGCAGUGAUGGAAAUGAGGCGCUGUGUGAAGGAGCUGGGCUUCCCUGGGGUCCAGAUUGGCUCACACAUCAACAACUGGGACCUUAAUACUUCAGAGCUCUAUCCUUUCUUUGCUGCAGCAGAGGAGCUGGGCUGCUCCAUUUUUAUCCACCCAUGGGACAUGCAGACAGAUGGGAGGAUGGCUAAGUAUUGGCUCCCCUGGCUGGUGGGCAUGCCGUCAGAGACGACCAUCGCUAUUUGCUCGAUGAUUUUUGGAGGCAUCUUCGAGAAAUUCCCUAAACUCAAAGUCUGCUUUGCUCAUGGAGGUGGUUCUUUCCCAUUCACCGUUGGCAGGAUUGAGCAUGGCCACAAAGUCCGCCCUGAUCUGUGUGCAGCUGACAAUAAGACAAGUCCACGUAAAUACCUGGGUUCCUUCUACACCGAUUCCUUGGUUCAUGACCCCAUCUCCAUGAAGCUGCUUGUUGACGUUAUUGGAAAAGAUAAAGUAAUGCUGGGGACUGAUUAUCCAUUCCCACUUGGUGAACUGCAGCCUGGAUCAUUAAUAGACUCCAUGGAUGAGUUUGAUGACACACUUAAGGAAAAACUGCUUGCAGGAAAUGCGUUGGAAUUUUUGGGACUGAAACGAGAGCAGUUUAUGUAACAUACCAGUCAAUGACUACUCCAACGUCUACAUGAUUAAUUGCAUGCUUUAUUCACAUAUUCAUUUUUGUGUGGCAUUUGUGAAGCAAAAGAACAAAAAAUUAAAGAAAAAUUUAGAUUGAUACAGUUUGAUGUUUUAUCGCCUCUCAGCACCUACAUGAAACCUGUUCAGUAUUCUUCUUACUCACGGUACAAUCAUUUUUACUUAGCCAGUAUACUCUAACAUUCUUUAUGAAAUGAUGGGAAAAAGACAUUUGUCCUCUUUAUUUCUCAUUUGUGAAGGGAUUCCAGCUGCCUUGUAAAAUAAACAAGUUUCUAUAA